AAAAAAAAAAAAAAAAAAAAAAAAAAAAAACAUCUUCUCUCCCCCUUUAACCGGCAAAUUCCAAUGGCAACAGCAAAUUAAAACUAGGGUUUCAACAGAAUUCUUGUUCAAUCAACUAUGGUGGAAAAAAGGAAACCUUUAGUUCUUUCUUCCACUAAAAAUCUACUAAAUUCACUUUUAAAUUCAGAAAAUAAAUCCCAGAUUGAAACCCAAAUUCCAUUUUUGCCAAAAGUACAAUUGAGAGCUGGAGUUCUUAAAAUAUCAAAAGACGACAUUGUUAAUCUUGAUGAUUCUGCUUUGGUGGGGAUAACUACUUCUCAACUUAGAAGACUUUGUAUUACUUCCGGCUCACUGGUACUCAUUAAAAAUGUCAAUACAAGUCAACAAAGAAUUGGACAAGUGGUAGUUCUAGAUCCUCCUAGUUGUGACCAAGUUUUAUCCGGACGUAGCUCAUCACUGCCACAUUCCUCCGGGAUAGCAUUUCUCUUGCCAUUAUAUAGCUAUCAUGAUUCUCAUAUAAAACCAGAUGGAGAAGUUGCCUAUUUAUCUCCGAUUCUAGCAUUUAACCUUAAUUUACAUUUGUCAUGCUUGAAAUCAAUGAUUCAACAAGGGAAAGAAGCUUUGUCACCACUAUUUGAGGCCAAAUCGAAUAACAUAGUGAGUGGAAAAGACAAUGUUCUCGUCACUCUAGAAUUUGAACCUUUGGAUCAGUUGCCAAAAUAUGCCACACACCUGCGGGCUUCUUUUGUGAAGAUACCAGAAUGUGGGAGUCUAGAUUCAGUUAAAAAAGAUUCAUCUACAGAAGCUGAAGACCGUCAAGAGUUGAUCGAUAUAGAAUUGAACAAGUACUUUGAAGUAGAUAGACUUCUUUCGAGAGGUGAUCUUUUCAGUGUAUGCAUCAAUUGGGAUUGCAAAUCGGCUCUGUGCAUCCCUUGCAGUCAAAAGAAGCAAAAUGGUGGUUCUGACCUCAUCUAUUUCAAGGUUGUGGCCAUGGAACCUUCUGAAGAACCUAUCCUAAGAGUCAACCGUACUCGAACUGCCCUUGUACUUGGAGGGAGUGUACCUUCUGCUGUUCCUCCAGAUUUCUUAGUUCCUCGACCGCGAGGUUCUCUGCCUUUACAAAUGAGCACUGUGAAGACUUUAGCCUCCAUACUUAUGCCACCAUUAUGUCCAUCAGCCCUUUCAUCAAAAUUUCGAGUUGCUGUGUUGUUGUAUGGUUUGCCUGGGUGCGGGAAGAGAACUGUGGUUAAAUUUGUUGCUCGUCAAUUAGGCCUUCAUGUGGUGGAAUUUAACUGUCAAAGUGUAUUUGCAAAUUCUGAUAGAAAAACAUCUUUUGCCCUAGCUGAAGCUUUCGGCAUGGCUCGCAGAUACUCGCCUACAAUCCUUCUUCUUCACCAUUUUGAGGUCUUCAAGAACCUGGUCUCUCACGAGGGUUCACCACAUGACCAAGUUGGUAUGAACUUAGAGGUUGCAUCCGUCAUAAAGGAAUUUACUGAGCCAGUUGCUGAAGAUGAAGAAAUCUACUCAGAGGGAAAGUCAAAUGCUCAUGACGUAAGAUGUAUUCCAAGUUCCUUUACUUUUCAUGUCUCCGUGUCCGUUGUCCGCUCAUAGUCAUACGAGCUAAGACCCUCAUCUCUUCCUUUCUGUUAUUUUCUAGAUUACUGAAGUUGUGGGUGUCAUUUGUUGUCGUUUUUAUUGCAGACUUCUUUGGAGGACCUUGUGAAAGAUUUGGUUGGUCAGACAUCAGGAUUCAUGCCAAGAGAUCUGCGAGCUUUAGUUGCUGAUUCCGGUGCAAAUCUAGUCCUUAGUCGUGGUAGUGAGGAAGUCGAGGUUGAGAAUGGAAAUCUGAAAGAGCUUUCUCAUGAGAGCAAGCCAAUCGAGAAUAAUGGCUCGCAUGACUCGACAAAGUCCCUAAGCAAAGAAGAUGUAAUGAAAUCACUGGAACGAUCAAAGAAAAGAAAUGCAUCAGCACUGGGUACUCCAAAGGUUCCAAAUGUCAAAUGGGAAGAUGUCGGUGGUCUUGAAGAUGUGAAGAAAUCAAUUUUGGACACUGUACAGCUGCCUCUUUUACACAAGGACUUGUUUUCGUCUGGAUUGCGCAAGCGAUCUGGUGUUCUUUUCUAUGGCCCACCUGGUACAGGGAAAACUUUACUGGCAAAAGCUGUUGCUACCGAAUGCUCCCUGAAUUUUCUCAGUGUGAAAGGGCCCGAGUUGAUAAACAUGUACAUAGGAGAGUCAGAGAAAAAUAUUCGGGACAUUUUUCAGAAGGCUAGAUCAGCUCGACCAUGUGUCAUCUUCUUCGAUGAGCUUGAUUCUCUUGCUCCUGCCCGGGGUGCUUCUGGAGACUCCGGCGGUGUAAUGGAUCGAGUGGUUUCUCAGAUGCUUGCAGAGAUUGAUGGCUUGAACGACUCUACCCAGGACUUGUUUAUUAUUGGAGCUAGCAAUAGGCCUGAUCUUAUUGAUCCUGCCCUUUUGAGGCCAGGCCGAUUUGAUAAGCUCCUUUAUGUUGGUGUGAAUUCUGAAGCCUCUUAUAGGGAGAGGGUCCUUAAAGCGCUUACACGGAAGUUUAAAUUGAAAGAAGAUGUAUCUCUACUCUCAAUAGCAAAAAGGUGUCCUCCAAACUUCACAGGUGCUGACAUGUAUGCACUGUGCGCUGAUGCUUGGUUUAAUGCUGCGAAACGCAAGGUAUUAGCUGCCAGUUCGGAUUCAACUGGCUCAGAUGAUGUGGAUGACUCGAUCGUCGUGGAAUAUGAUGAUUUUUUAAAGGUCUUGGGAGAGAUCUCUCCCUCGCUGUCAAUGGCCGAGCUUCAAAAGUAUGAGUUGCUCCGUGAACAGUUUGAAGGAUCAUCAAGAUGAUAGAGAGGGGUUGCUCGCAAUCUGCCUCCUACCGGCCCAUAAUCUUCUGCCCUUCUUUCUAAAUGGGGAUGGCCGAUGCACCUCAUCUUCUCAUUUCGUUGUUGCUCAUUCCUGUUAGGCUGAAGUAUUCGGCCUUUCCACUCCGUGCCAGCUUGGGCUUCUUCCAACCGAGACUUCGAGUCACGCUAAAAGUAAGAAAGGAACCACUGUUGAUCCUCCGGUCAAUAGAUUAAAAAAAAAGGAAAGGAAAAGGAUAGUCAAGAUAGAUUA